AUGAGUAGAAUGUCGAAUAACAAAGCCAAAGAAUUGGAAAAUGAGCAUGAAAAUUGGAUUGAAGCUCAUUUUGAUCCAAUGGCAGGCUUCUACACGUUUUCCCCAUGCCUGUCAUUAACUGAUUUAAAUGGAGAUGGAGACUAUAAACUGCUGCUAGCAAGUUUAGGUAGUGGAGUCUACAAUAUGAAACUUAAGGUGUUUAAGGGUACGACUUUAGUUCAAGAAACUUCUCUUCUGGACUUGCCUGUGGGAAUAUGCACAUUUUACAUGGAUCUCCAUGAACCAAGGAUUCCCGGGAUUGCUGUGGCAUCUGGACCGUUUCUUUAUGUUUAUAAAAAUAUGCGUCCCUAUUAUAAAUUCACCUUGCCACUUUUGCCCAUCAAUCCUAUUGAAUCUGAUAUAUGGAGUCAAGUCUCUGAAGAUAAAAUCGAUAUUAAAAGUUUAUGGACAACCUUAUCUUCCAUCAAGGGUCAUCUUGGUGAUAUUUCCCUCACACCACGUUCAUUGCAGUUUUUACUUCUUGAAACCCUAGACGAACGGAUGGAAUUUGUAGCGCACCACAAAUCAACUCCUCUUAAAAGGCAAACCGUAAUAACCUGCCUCAGUACCAUGAAAAAAUCUGUGCCAGAAGAUGAUGCCAUAUCGUGUGUCGUUGUUGCAACCGAAAGUAAAGAGAUAUAUAUUUUGGACUCAGAGGCAUUCAGUAUACUUCAGAAGAAUCAUCUCCCUGAUACACCUGCUUUCAUAAACACUUCUGGGUUAUAUGAUGUUGACUUUAGAAUUUUUGUUGCAUGUCGUACUGGAAAAGUUUACAUUGUGAAAAAGGACCAAGAAACUGUUUAUUUAUGUUUAGAACUUCAAUCCCAGAUUGUUGGAAUGGAAAGAGUUCAUAAACAUUUAAUUAUAGUGUGCAUGGAUAAUACCCUUUCGUGCUAUACAGGCAAAGGUAAACGACUAUGGAGAAAAUAUUUAACAACAAAUGCUGUUUGUACCUGUCUUAUGGAUCAUAACAGUAAAGGGUUUAAAGCUGUUCUUGUGGCACUUGAAAAUGGAGAAGUACAGGUAUAUCGGGAUAAGUAUCUGGUAGAUAGUAUAAAAUUACGAGAGCCAGCUCAAGCAUUGUUUUUUGGAAAAUAUGGGCGAGAAGACAGCACGCUCAUAGUUAUUCUCAGAUCUGGAGCUAUGAAUCUGUUAAUUAUGAAACGAACUGCAGUGUAUAAUGAUAAGGAUACACACAAAGGGCCUCCUGCUGCUCAAAGCAUAAAACUGAACAUAUCGAAGAAGACUCAAAUUUUUGUUGAUCAAACUGUGCGUGAACGAGAAAAUGGAAUUGAGAUGUUUCAGUCCUGUCAGAACGAUGUUAAAAGAUUUAAACUCAACACAGCAGCAACUUACUUGAAGGCGUUGGAUUCAAGUACAACUCCGUUAUCAACAGACCCUGAUGUACCAUUGAAGAUCUCCGCAACAGUUCAAGGAUUAGGACCAGUGUUUAAGCUACUCAUAACCCUUCAGAAUAGUAAUGCAAACUACAGUGUAUCCGAUCCUAAACUAGCUACUGAUUUGAAGUUGUGCUUCAAGUAUUCGGACUUGACCUAUAAAAUAUCUCCUCAGCUUUUGCAAGUUCCUGCUUUAGUGCCUGGUGUUUCGUAUAGACUGGAGGCGAGAGUUGAAUGUAUUAUAAGCAACCGACCAGCAAAAGAAGAGAUCAGGGCGCUUAUUCUCAAAAAUGGAAUGACAAGACCGAUUGUUACUGCCAAUAUUUUCAUGCCUGCAUCAGAAGCAACUGUCGUAGUUUAGUCCACUGAUCAACCUUACAAAUUGUCCAGGUUGUAGUAUCGUUGUUAAAGUGUGUAAUGGGCUGAAUUGACUUUGUGUACUGGAGACCAGCAUUGCGGUUGUCUGUGAUGUGCACUUAACAGUGUAAAAUAUUUCAUCACAUGUCCACUAGGGGCAGUAAAGAUUAAAAAUUAUUGCCCAUUAUUUAGCUUUUUGUAUUAUUGUUAUACUACACUGCUUGAAAAUAUAUUUUUAUAUGGAUGUGUAUCUUAAUUAAAUCCCAGUUAUAGUA